AUGUUCCGUUCUCCCAGAGAAGUCUGUUCUCGGAACCCUAGAGAAAACAAUUGUGAAAGAACAGAGCAGGGGGGAGCGUACUGUUGUGAUUUUUGCUACGAUGGCUGGGACAGUGAAACUGAAGUUGAUAUACAUCGCAAUUCUACUCAUAGAAAAGAAAUGUUGGAUUUGUUAAAAGAUCCGAACCAGCAUAUUUGCAGGAUCUGCUACAAGUCAUAUGAAGAUUAUAAUGAUUUGAUCCGUCACAUAAAAACCUGGCACCUACUCAGCAGCGAAGAUGCAGUACGUGUGGAACCCUGCAAAGGUGUUGAUAUGCCACUGAUUGAAGAUACUCAAAUACGCAUUUGUAUAUUUUGUCGAGAGAUCUGCUUUGGGGAGCAAAGUGCAAAAGACCAUAUAUGCAUUUGUUUAAAAAAAAAAUGUGAUCGCAAGAAACCCAAGUCUAUAACGGCAGAUACUGAUGAGUUAUUAAUAGUCUUAGUGGAAGAGGAAGAUGAUCCUAAAGCAAAUGGUAACAGCUGUAGCCACGAAAACAGUUUGAAAAGAAGCGCUGAAGACCAGAAACACUGCAAUUAA